GCUGAUGCUGCCCACGUUUAGACAUGUAACGUUACAAGUACAUGUAGCCGAUUCGGUCAGCACCGUAAUUUAGCAUGCAGUACUAUCUUUCAACUUGUCCUCAAUUUGUACGGUCCGGAACCGACACUUGGUGCGACACGGUGACACACCACUUUUGACUCUAUAUAUGUUCCAAGUUGCCCUCCACCGGAUUGCUCAGAAGCGACCAAGCCGCCUAGAAGAGAAUUGCUCCUACUCUGAGCUCGAGAUUGUGAUUACACUAUACUAUAGCUACAGCCGCUCUACAACUGAAGUCAUGGCAGACACAGGAUUGGCAACAGUGACCUUGAAGGUGAUAAACGACCUUGACCCGGCGUCCCAGCCGUACCAGGCUUCCGUCUCCGUCCCACCGCGCAGCUCUGUCUACACUCUGCUGCUGCAGGCCUCAGCUGACGAUCCAGACUUCACCUUCCAGGCAGAGUAUGAUGACGAAUGGUCGUCCCACCUGGUCACUUCUAUCAACGGUGUGACAGCGAGCAAUGAAGACGGCACCUACUGGAGCUUCGAGAACCAGUAUAAAGUGGCGUUUGACCGUGGCGUGGAUCUGAUUGGUGUGUUUAACACUGACGUCAUCGUGUUCCGCUUCAAAUCCUGGCGAGUCGCCAAGCAGGGACGACCCGCGCACCAGGGGCGACCCGCCAAGCCUGUCUAGAACAGGGUCUCACCCGGCAGUUUCCUGUGCACAGCCUGGAGACCCUGAGAAUACCGAAACGUAAAAUCGUAAUUGAGUUACAUGAUGUAGAUGCAGUAAGUUACUAACUGUUAGUGCUGUAGUAGUUCUAGUAUACAUGCAUUGCUGCCCCUACGGCCGGUGAGGCUAAAAGUAAUGCCAUUUCGUUCCAUAACAGGCAUUUUGUUCAUCGAAUGAUUGAAAUUUGGCACAAAGGUAAAUGCACAUAUUGCAUUGAGACUGAAAUAUCUCAUUUUUUUGUUCAGAUAGUCAUGGAUUCAUUUCAAUAUGCCCUUUCUGUUCACGUGCUACUUGUAUGGCCACAAGGCCGCGCUAAACAUGCUCUGAUUUUCUGUUG